AUGCGCGCAGUGGUCUUCAAAGGCGUUGGGCAGGUGGCUGUUGAGGAUCGUCCUAAGCCCGAGAUCCUUCAUCCGACCGAUGUCAUACUCAAGGUCAAAGUCUCUGCCUUGUGCGGCAGCGACCUGCACUGGUAUCGAGGCCAUCAGACAAUUCCGACUGGGUUUAUUCCUGGCCAUGAAUUCAUUGGCGUCGUUGAGCAGAAGGGCAGCCAAGUCCGCACUGUUGAUACCGGCGAUGUUGUAGUGGCUACCUUCUCUACGCAAUGCGGAAAGUGCUUUUACUGUCUCAAGAAACAGACUAGCCGCUGUUCUAACAGCUUCUUGUUUGGUAAUAGUGCUGGCACUACCAGUAUAGACGGCGGACAGGCCGAGUUUGUCAGGGUUCCCCAGGCCGACUCAACCUUGAUCAAGGCUCCUCCCCAGAUUCCAGAGCAUCUUCUGGUUCUCAUGGGCGAUAUCUUCCCAACAGGUUACUUUUGCGCUACCCGCUUUCUCAAGCAACUGAGCAAGGAGGAAGCCAAAAGCAGUGUCGUAGCUGUGGUGGGUUGCGGUCCUGUUGGUAUUUGCGCCAUCGCCACCGCUUUGACCAUGUCUGAUACGGUUUACGCUCUUGAUCUCGUCCCAGAACGCCUCGCCGAGGCAGAGAAACUCGGCGCCAAGCCCCUUCUCAUAACUGACGACCCUGUGGCUGUGGUCAAGAAGGCUACUGAGGGUAGGGGUGUAGAUAUCGCCCUGGAGGUUGUCGGUACGACCGACUCCCUCCAGCUGUGCCUGGACAUGGUCCGGCCGUUCGGUCAAAUUAGCAGUGUUGGUCUGCAAACGCAGACACUGUCUCUGGAUGGUCCCACCUUGUACGGAAAGAAUGUCACAAUAUCUUGGGGUAGAUGUCCAGUUCGGGGAAUCUUUGAGGAUGCUCUAUCCUGCUUGGCUGAGGUACAGGACAAGGUUUCAUUUCUUUGCGCUUAUACUGUUAGCCUCGAGGACGCUGCGCAGGCCUAUGAGACAUUCAGCCAGAGAAAAGUCCACAAGGUGUUGUUGAAACCUUAA